AUGGAGCAGCUUGAGCCACCACGUUGCGACAAGCCAUCCGCAGCAGCUCUUCAUUGUGAGGAAAACCAAAAAUCAGAGGCACGUAAGGGCACAAAGACCGGGGCACGCGUAAAAGUGGGAAACAACGAGGCCAACGACGCUUACGAAUGCCGGAUUUGCGGCUACAGAGCAGAAGACGUCCUUUCGUUUAGUCAACAUCUGCACUCUGUACAUCCAGUUACUGGCCUGUCUGGUCCCAAGCCACAGAGGAAUGAGAAAUGUAGAGGAGCAGAUGAAAAAGAAAGACUAGCUGCCUCUCCUCUAGGAGACCAAAUUUCAGAGGGACGAAAGAGCCCAACUUCAGGAAAUUUUUCUGAGGAGUCCAUGUCUUCCUCACCCAUGGACUCGGAAGAGACCAGCACAAUUACAAGCAAUCUAGAAAACCAGGUACCAGCAGUGAAGCAAAAAGAGACUGUGAAACCCCCACCAGCUGCCAAAAUCAGCCAAAGCACACCUUCUGCCUCCAUUCUGCCUCGGAGGAAAGCUUCUUCCUCAUCAGACUCUAGCAAAGAAAACCAAAGUGAGGACGCUGCCUCGUCGGGCACGUCCAGCCUCAACCAGACGCACCUGGUGUGUCUUCCGCUGGUGUCUGACGGACUAAAACUGGUGUGGGUGCGCUCUGAGCAGAUUCACGAGCUGGACGCCGUUUCGGAGCUCGUAGAAGUGUUUAACGACUUUCCGUACCCCACAGAACAGGAAAUCGGCGCUCUGGCCCGUCGCUGCAGCCUAUCGCAAGAGCGCGUCAAAGUGUGGUUCAUGAUGCAGCGGGUACGCUACGGGAUCAGCUGGGCUGAAGACGACAUUAGGCAAACGCGGCUGAAAUUGUACCGUCUGCAAGGAAUGCCGAUUGGGGAGGAGUGUCGGGAGGAAGAGGAGGAGGACGGCAAAGGGGAAGAGGAUGGUUUUUUAGCACAUCAGGAGAGGACAUCUGAUACACUACAGCCGGUAUCUGUGAUGGACACAUAUUUGAGUCAGGCAUACUACACACCCAGGCCAGGUUUCUUCCAGGAUGAGGUCAACAACUACAGUAUCAUUCCUCAGUACACCAAUGGGUUCGAACAGUUUCAGCACCAGACUGACAGUACCGCCCAGUACAUGGGUGAUUUUGAAAUCGCGUCCUUGGACAAAGGCAGCGCUCAUUUGUUCCCUUCUCAUGAAUCUAAGCCUGACAUAUUAAACAUCCGUGAAUCCCCCAAAAAGUCAGCAGAAGGUCGCCGUGGCCCCACGAUCAUGCAGCGGAAAAAGUCCAAAGACCAGCUGAUGGUGCUUCGGCGUAGUUUCGUCCGGACAAACUGGCCCACGGAGGCCGAAGUCCAGCGCCUGCAGCGCGUCACCGGACUCGGACGUCACGAGAUCCGGAAGUGGUUCGCCGACAGUCGCUACCAGCUCCGCCGGGGCACUCGGUCCUGGGUGACCGAAAUGACCAGGCAGACUCAAUCCCCAUCAGAAAGCGAUCCAAGACGACUGAACGACGACGACUUCCCAGAGGACGACGAACCCACCGGCUCCGGGGAGGGACUGGAUUACGAGCUCGACGUGGACAUGAACGACGAGCAGGCCCCUCUGGAGGAUGACAUCACAGAAUCAGACCCAAGCAAAGCGCAAGAGAUGAAAGAACCCGAGCGCCGGGACAGCCCGGCACCUUUAAAACGGGACCGGAAAGAAUCCGUCGUAGUCCCUUCUCCAUCUCCCGCUUCGUCAUCUCCUUCAACCUCGAUCUUCAAGGGCUACGUCCCCGCCGUGGGCCCCGAACCCAACCUCCGGAAGAAGACGUGGGAGCAGUUGAACAUGCUGAGGCAGAGCUUCCUGCACUGCCCGUGGCCCACCAGCGACGACUACACGUACCUGCAGCAAAAGACAGGCCUGACGCGGACCGAGAUCGUUCAGUGGUACGGCGACACUCGGUACCACCUCAAACACUCCAACCUGCGCUGGAUCCGUCCGGAGGAUAAAGACCGGGUACGAGCGGCCGUCAUGAAGCAGCAGAAAAGAGCGGGGAGGGGUCCCAGAAACCGGGGCUGGCUAGACGUUAAAGAUACAAGCUAUAGUCUUGGGUCCCAAGCCAGUAAUGGGACAGUCCCGGCAGAGACGAGGACAUGGGAGGAGUUAUACAAGACGACUUCUUCUGUACUGCCAGGAGGUGAACUUUGA